GGUCCCGCCCCCCGCUAGCGUCGCCGCGUCUCAUCCUCCCCCGCUUGGCUGACGCCACGGCGCAGGCGCGCGCGGGAGGUUCCUGUCAGGUCGCUCUGACGUGUCGACGCCACGGCCCGGGGCGCCGGUGAUACCGACCCGGCCGCGGCCGUUAGCCCCUUCGGCCGCGCCCGCCAUGUUCAACGUGGAGAGCCUGGAGCGGGCCGAGCUCGGGGAGAGCCUCCUCACCUGGAUACAGACGUUUAAUGUUGAGGCACCAUGCCAGACUGUGGAAGAUUUAACAAAUGGUGUUGUGAUGGCCCAGGUUCUUCAAAAAAUAGAUCCAGCUUACUUUGAUGAAAAUUGGCUGAACAGGAUCAAAACAGAAGUAGGAGAUAAUUGGAGGCUAAAGGUAAGCAACCUGAAGAAAAUUUUAAAAGGGAUAUUGGAUUAUAAUCAUGAGAUUCUGGGGCAGCAGAUUAAUGACUUCACCCUUCCGGAUGUUAACCUGAUUGGAGAGCAUGCUGAUGCUGCAGAGCUUGGGAGAAUGCUUCAGCUUAUUUUGGGAUGCGCUGUGAACUGUGAACAGAAGCAAGAAUACAUCCAGACCAUAAUGAUGAUGGAAGAGUCGGUUCAACAUGUCGUCAUGACAGCCAUUCAGGAGUUGAUGAGUAAAGAGUCUCCAGUCUCUGUUGGAAAUGAUGCUUACGUUGACCUUGAUCGACAGCUGAAGAAAACUACGGAAGAAUUGAAUGAAGCACUAGCAACAAAAGAAGAAAUUGCCCAGAGGUGUCAUGAGUUAGAUAUGCAGGUUGCAGCCCUCCAGGAGGAGAAGAGCAGCUUGCUCGCUGAGAAUCAGAUUUUGAUGGAACGUUUAAAUCAAUCUGAUUCUAUUGAAGAUCCCAACAGCCCUGUGGGUCGUAGGCACUUGCAGCUGCAGACACAGCUAGAACAACUCCAAGAAGAAACAUUCAGAUUAGAAGCUGCCAAAGAUGACUAUCGAAUACGCUGUGAAGAACUAGAGAAGGAAAUUGCUGAAUUGAGACAACAAACGGAAGAGCUUACUACAUUGGCAGAGGAGGCUCAGUCUUUGAAGGAUGAGAUAGAUGUACUCAGGCAUUCUUCUGAUAAAGUAGCAAAGUUAGAAAGCCAGGUGGAGUCAUACAAAAAGAAAUUGGAAGACCUGGGUGAUUUGCGACGGCAAGUGAAACUCUUAGAAGAGAAGAAUACAAUGUACAUGCAAAACACUGUGAGCCUGGAAGAAGAACUAAGAAAGGCCAACACAGCACGCAGUCAGCUGGAAACAUACAAGAGACAGGCAGUUGAACUACAAAACAGGUUAUCUGAAGAAUCCAAGAAGGCUGAUAAAUUAGAUUAUGAAUGCAAACGACUGAAAGAAAAAGUAGACAGCCUCCAAAAAGAAAAAGAUAGAUUAAGAACAGAAAGAGAUUCUUUAAAAGAAACUAUUGAAGAGCUUAGAUGUGUACAAGCUCAGGAGGGUCAGCUCACCACUACAGGAUUGAUGCCUCUGGGAAGACAAGAGCCUUCAGACAGUUUAGCAGCAGAAAUCGUUACUCCUGAAAUAAAGGAGAAACUCAUUCGCCUUCAGCAUGAGAACAAGAUGUUAAAGUUGAACCAAGAAGGUUCUGACAAUGAAAAGAUCGCUUUGUUGCAGAGCCUUCUUGAUGAUGCGAACUUACGGAAAAAUGAAUUGGAGACAGAAAACAGAUUGGUAAAUCAGAGACUUCUAGAAGUGCAGUCCCAGGUUGAAGAACUACAAAAAUCUUUGCAGGAUCAAGAUUCAAAAGCUGAAGAUUCAGUUCUUCUGAAAAAGAAACUUGAGGAACAUCUUGAGAAACUCCAUGAAGCUAACAAUGAGCUACAGAAGAAAAGAGCUAUUAUUGAGGAUUUGGAACCAAGAUGCAAUAACAGUUCACUCAAAAUUGAAGAAUUACAAGAAGCUUUACGGAAAAAAGAGGAGGAAAUGAAGCAAAUGGAAGAACGAUACAAAAAGUACUUGGAAAAAGCCAAAAGUGUCAUUCGCACAUUAGAUCCUAAGCAGAACCAAGGUGCAGCUCCUGAGAUUCAGGCUCUGAAAAAUCAGUUGCAGGAGCGGGACAGAAUGUUUCAUUCAUUGGAGAAAGAAUAUGAAAAAACAAAGAGUCAAAGAGAAAUGGAGGAGAAAUUUAUUGUUAGUGCCUGGUACAAUAUGGGGAUGACUCUUCAUAAAAAGGCAGCAGAAGAUAGACUUGCUAGUACAGGCUCAGGACAGUCCUUUCUGGCUAGACAAAGGCAAGCCACGAGCACAAGGAGAUCUUACCCUGGUCAUGUCCAGCCAGCAACAGCAAGGUAGAGAAUCCUUGCUCUUAGAAGGAAAACUGCCCUGUGAUCCAGGCCACUUCUACUGCAAGUAACAACAUUCAAGGAAAAUCAACCAGCAUCCUUUCUCUUUACCUUGUUACCGCUAUUAUUUUGCAGUUCAAGAAAGGGUUUUAUUAUGGUUUCUCAUUGUUCUGUAAUGCCCUUUCCUUAUAUUUUUUCACAUCCAUCUCUCCCCCUCUGCAUUUUUUGAAUGUGCCAAAGUUUUGACAACAUCUUGAGGGCUGCUGUGUAAUAACAGAGUCUAUUUGUAUGAAGCCUGGUCUCUCGUGAAAAACCUCAUAUGGUCUGUGUAACAGUGUCAAUUUCCUGUCACAGCUGGUAUGUUUGUGCCUGUAAGGGCAGUUACACUUUAAAAUACUUUAUUUCUUCAAAGGGAAUUAGGCUUUUUAUUUAAUGUGCUAACCUGUUGCUUAAAAAAAUGCCGAAAACUCAUUACAAAAAUGCAAAAUUAGUAUAUAACAUUAUUGUGAAAUGUAUUUGCUACUAAAAAACUUACCAAUGGCAAAAAGAUUUUUUUUUUUUUAAAUCUCCUUCAUGCAAAGUUUGCUCUUGUUCUUGACAUUCACUAGGGAAACGGGAUAAUUUUUUAAAUGUUUUUCUUUAUGUACUGAUGUUACCUCUUUUGCUGGCAGAGCUGAAUUUUUUCAGGUAGUUUGUUCCACUCUUCUUGAUCAAGAGUAUGCUUAAUAUGUAUUAUAAAAGUAUUGAGAAAAAAUUAGAAUGCUCUAAUAUGUGACUGCAUCAUCCAUUUAAAAAGGACAUUUGUUUGAAAAUUUUAUAAUUAUGGAUGAGCAGUAUGUAAUGGAGCAAGGCCCUGUUUAAUAUGUUUAUGUUCAUGUAUUUCAGUUGUCAUCCCCUACUAAAAGACUUGCUUUGCUUUAAUAUGUUCAUUCAGGGUAUAAUUGUAUCAGUUGCCUUACUAAUGGUACCAGUGCCUUCAGGUGAGUUUGUUGCUGACUUUCUUGGAAACUGUCUGCGAUUUGCUGUACUGACUUUCUAGGGUAUAGCUGGUUAAGUGUGCAUCACUCAUUGUAGCACCUUCAUUUUGAUCAGUGGCAUGAUUGGUGGCUCCUGUUAUUAAUUUAGGUUCUGUUCCUACAAAGUUCUGCUUUUUCCUUGACUAAUUGUAUGCUCUCCCUAUCAUUUUUGUCAAAGAACUGAUGGACGUGGAGGACCUGAAUAUGGGUUGAAAGUUUUGUAUACAUACAUAUUGUGGUGAUUCAGUUUUAAACAUAUUUACUUUAGUGACUGUUUGGACCGUAAUGCUCAUGCAGUCUGGUUUAUAAAUUUAUUCUUUUACUUUAUUUUAAUGCCUUUCCAAGAUAAGACUUUUUUUCAUAAAUCCCUUUAGAGAAAAGACAUACUAGCUUUCAUCAAUCAGUUGAAGGUCUAUGUUAAUUCACAACUUGGGUGGAAUGAGCAAGGGAUAAUUAAAACAAGCACACCUAGAUUAAAGUGUAAGGAACAGGUGAAUGACACUGCUAGGUACUGUUUUUUCCCCCAGUGCAUCAUCUGUUUUAAUCGAGGCUAAGAAAGAUAUUCAGUAUGUGUCUGAAAAAUCUUAUCCUUUUGAUUUCUUUUACCCCCAGUAAUAUAAAAACAGAUACUGAAGUCUGUUAACUGCAUUAUAUACAUCAAUUCUUAAUCUUUGGGUGUGGAUGAAUGCAGGUGGUGAACACAUUAAACCACCUCUCUCAAAAUAACAGCUUCUUAAUGAAAGGGUUCAGGUUAGUUAUUUUCCUUGCUUGUUAUAUAGCUUUGGAAUCAGUGUGAUAUUAAGAAAAAGAAGGGGCUCAGAGUGUGACUUCAGGGAAUAAGCACACAUAUAGAUGAGCUCCCAAUGAAUGCUGUCUCUUUGUCUUAUAUUCAGUAAGAAAAGAAUAUAAACAAAAAAACCUCUGUAAAUUGGAAUUUUCAGUACAUUAGAUACUGCUAAGAAGCUUUUAGGAACACUUUUUCUGGGGCAACAAAAACUAUUUACAUCAAAAUUGUAGUGGUAGUUACUAAACCAAUGCUAUCUCCUGCCCUGAUACACUACAAAAACAAAAACCCACAGGUUGAGGGUAAAGAGAAAAGGUUCUCCAGAGCAGUGAUAAAACAGGUGAAGAGUUCAUAAGAGUACAUUCCUGAGCACCUUGCAAAGGAUCUGCCAAGAAUAAUCUUUCUGAGAUAUUUUAAUUAAUUCUAAGAAGUGAGAACAGUUAAAUGGAUGGGUAUUUUCACUGAUCAAAGCUGAAGCUUACUUUCUGACCUUAAACUAUGUGUGUGCAGUCCCGUUCAUAUACUUCUGUGGAGAAUUAAGUUGUUAUCGUAUCGGAUCAGACAUAACAGAAAAGAAUAUUCAAGUUUCCUGCUUUCUUGAUAGCAACAUGUAACCACCUGGAUCAUAACAUGUAUUUUCCAAGUGGUGUGAAAAAUUAAGUAAUCUAAUUUAAAGGUUCUGUGUUCCACCCACAGUGCAAAGAAGAAUAAACUACUAGAGCACACAGCUUUGUGUAGUGUAAAAUGAAGUAAAUAUAUAAUGGCUACAAGAUGCUUUUCAUUAUCUCUUUGGAAUAACAAAUGGUUGUCCUGUUGAGCCGUCACUUGACGUAGCACUAAUGCUUCUACAAGUUUUCUGUGGCUUUCUAUUCAUGUAAGGAGCAGUGGCAAUUUUAUAUUCUUUGUGUGUGAAAGAAUUAACAGUGAAUAUUCUUAUUACUGCUUUAUGAUGAUCUUAAAUAGUAAGUGGUAUUUGCAAGCUGUCAAGAAAAUAAGAGAAUUUGGUAUUUUGAAGUCCUAGGUAUUCUGACAUGUGGAAGUAGCUUUUGCUUUUACUCAGGUCUUUAGUGUAUGAGACUAUCCACUUAGCAGCUUCCUGGAUGAUUUUAGUGGGGUUAACUGUCUUGAUGAGUUGACAUUUUGUGUAGAUUUGGUAAUUGGAAAACAUUUUAAUUCCACCACUUGAUGAUUUACUUCUAGUCAGUGAUUUGGAAGAAGAUUGUCCUGAAUGUGGCUAUUUUUUCUCUUUCCUAUGAAGCAAGAGUACCUGAAUUUUUCUCAUUUUAUAGAGGUUUUUAUUCUUGCCUUCAAGGAUUGAUGAGGGAGGUAUUUUUGCACUCAAAGUCAGGUAGGCAAUACUGACUUCUUAUGGGUUUUGCACGUACUUUAGGUAGAAUGUGGACUCUGUGUUUUGCAUUAAUAUUGUAUUGAUAAACUUCAAUAUCUCCAAACCAAGUUUAGCAAAUUUUGACGGCAUUUUCCACAUGAGUAUUGUGCAAAUAAAUAGCUAAAAGAGGGUACUCUGUGAGGAAAUAAUUUCAAGUGUUUUGGGUUUUUUUUCCUCUAAGCCAUUUAAUCAUACUUCAGGUGUGUCGCCGACAGAGUAGUUCAAUAACUGAAUUAUGACUGAAAUGUGAUCCAGAAAAUCAAGCUGUUGUAAAGAAAACUUUCCAGAAGCCCUUCUUUAGAACAAAUGUAUUUGCUGAUACUGGUGGUAUGACACAUUCUGUUAAAAUGUAGAGGUGAAUAAUUUUAAAAAUGUAAAUGUGAAGAUCGGGUAAGCAAGAAACUCAGUGAAUUAGGUUUUGAAUCUUACAAAUUGCAAAGAGCCCAGACACAUGUUCCCUCUCAAAUCUGAGCAGUCCAGCUCCCUUCUGUAUUGGCAGGAGACUGUGUUUUUACUUUGUGCCUUGCAUCGGGAGAAAGAAGUGAAACCCCACAUUAUCUCGUAGGUUGAUGUAGGAGCAAGUAAUGAACCGCACUUGUGCUCAGAACAUCACCACAAGCCCAAUCUUGUUAUUGGCUUGUGGCAGAUACCAGAUUCCAGGUAGGAUCCUAGCCAUACCUCUGGUUUGUCACUUUCAAGGAAUCAACAUGUCCCCACAUGACUGAUUGCAUUGCCUUGUUCCCUGUGCUCUUUCUUCCGCCUGGAAGUCAGAAAAGUAAGUCAGUAACUCUGUGGGUUCAAGUAAAAAUAAGGAGUGAUUUCUUCAGUUUGAACAUGGAGGAGCAAUGGUUCCCUACAAAAAUCUGAAAAGCAGUAUGUCUUUCAGCAUUUUACUUCUUGGUGUUAAUUUAAGAACAGUGAAACAGUACCCCAGCUUUUGGAGCUUUGUUUUUUUCUCAUAUUAAUUUUGAGUUGCAGUUGAUUAAGUAUUAGAGGCUUUACCUAUGUGAAUAAGGCAGAAGCUGUCAUUAUCAGCCACAGCAACCUCAAACAGUGAACCCCUGGAAAUUUUGACUCUGCUGCCAGCUUCAUUGCACUCUUUGGAGAUGUUAAAGACUUAGCUUUGUUUUUCCUUGACUUGACUUUUUUUGAUUAAUUGAAAUAUUGGGACACAAAGUUCAUUUUAAAAAUAUAUCAGCUCAUUGAAUUAGGUAAUGAAUUAAUGUCUGUUGAGGAACUCUAGAAAACUUGACAAAUCAUACACUGAAGUAACACCUGGCAGUACAGCCAAGGCAGCUUCAUAAGCUAAUUGUUCUGGUGUCAGAUUGUAGUUAGUGGAUCAGUAGGAGCUCAUGAUAACUCAUCUAAUUGAAGUCCUCAUCUAUUAGUUGCUAGGGGGUGGUUUUGCUGUUGACUUUACUGUGGCCCAGGUUCUAACCUUCACUUUCAGGUCUUGCCAAGGUAAUGCAGGACUGUCCUGAAAGUAGAUCUCUGCGUUAGUUGGCUUUGGUGGUAAAUCAGGAAUUUCCUCUGCUCCUGUUUCCUGUGUGCAUAAAGUCAUUUGGAAAAUUGAAUGUUCUUCAGUCUCCUUUGCACUGUGUGUUGGUUCCAGACUGAAAGCAAAUUCCAUUUGUCAGAUAAAAAUUCCUUGCUGCUGUGGUGCCACUUUAGGUCAAUCUGAGAGACUGAUCCAUACAACAUGAAAAGCGUUGCUAGUAGAGGGAAAUCCAGGACAGCUGGGAAGCCUGUCCUGUCUAGUGGUGACUUUGUUCAUUGCUUUGCAUUAGAGAGGUCCUUUACAUGAAGUCAGAGUAUCACAUAUCAGAAAGAGCAACAGGUUACUUUGUUACUAAAGUAUUCAUUUGUCAGCACUUUAAAGACAUGUUAACUACUGUAUCAUGGCACAAAUCUGAAAAACUGCAAAAGCAAGUAUUUCCAAAGGUGUAGGACAGCUUAUUCUGAAAAUGGAACUUGAGUGUCUAAUGAUUAUCCCUGACUUUAACAGAAGAGUUGACAUAAAGGCCAAUUGUUAGCAUGCUUGUGCUGUUAGCAUGAUCAUGAAAAUGAGCAGAAUUUUAAGAUAAAAUCUCAAAUCUUGUAAUAUUUAUUGAGUUAUAAACUAGAGUGAGACCAUCAGACUUUUGAUUUGGAUUUGAAUAUAACAUUUAUUUUGUAAUUUAAAAUUUUGUAAAGCAGACAUUAUAGUUUUCAGUCAGCAAAGAUUAGUAAGCAGGAGAGUAAACCUGUUUCCUGAAGAUAUCAGUAGUUUUGUGAGAUAUUUUAAAGCUUUUAUCUAGCAGUGUUAGUAAAAUCAUGUAAUCGUUAUAACCAUGACGUUGCAAGGCCACUAUUAUUAGAAUUUAUAGUCUGCUUUGUAUUCUCUGGUUGUAAGAGUUACAGAAAUGCAAAGUAGUGUUAAUAAACUCUGGAAGAUGCAAUGUUGAAAUGCUCCUUUAAAAAAUCUGUAGGAAAUACCAUGGAGAAAGACAGAAAGAACAGAGGCAGAAAGAAAAGCAAACUUUAGCAGUAGAAGCUAGUACGUAAAGAAGAAAGUUAGGAAGUCUGCGGGAAAAGGAGUCUGGAGGCAGUUACUUCAAAGCAGAAGCCUGGCAGCUGGUGUUAGACUUGAAAGGCUGCGUUGCUCUGAUAGCUUUGGUGCUUGUCUUACAAAGUCCUCCUUGUAGUGAGACAUUGGCUGCAGAAAGCCUGGCCCAUCUUUGGACCAAACAUAGACUGAACAGGAAAAAAGUGUUUGCUCUGAGAGGACAUGUGGCUGCGUUUGGUUUUGGGUUUGUUUUUAAUCAGAUUUGAUUUGUGUGAGCAAUGCUCUGAAUUAAAAGUUCUUGUGUCGGUAAGUACCUCCAGAGCUGGCUAGAUUAGUGAAAAAGGCUGCCGUCCUUUUUGUGGCUUCCAUGUGCUGGAGUUGUCCCAGUCACUCCUGUGGGUUGAAGAAACAGAAGAGGAGAGUGAGAAGUUAAGAUUUUAAAGGACAGAUAACCACUUGUAAUGAAGUAGAGCUAAUGAGAUGGGGCACUGAAUGUUGAAGGGAAAUGCCUUGCUAAGAAAUAAUCCCCCAGGCUGGCAAUGAACCUUCACUGAGAGCUGGAAUAUUUUUGACAGGCAAGGGAGGGAAGUAAGAGAAAGUCACUCCUCUAUAGACAUGUCAUCUGCUGCGCAAACUCCUUCUGAAGAUGCUGCAGAAGCGAUGACAAGUUAUGCUGAGUGAAUUUACCCUAACAUCUUGCAUCUCUGUCUUCUGAAGUGUUGCCUCAACAGGUAGCUUUAGAAUAUAUUGAUUAAUUUUGAGGAGUUCUCCAAGAGAAAGAAAUUGACAAUUUUUUUAGAACAAGAUUGGAAUUUCUAAUCAGGAAAGGGCACUGUCAGAUGAAUUUGUUACAUCCUUGAAAUAGAAGAUACUGUCCUGAGUUUACAAGACCUCUCAAAAGUACUAUUGACAAAGUACUCUUGACAAAGCAAAACCUACAAUGUCAUUUCUCAUAAUGUGCAACAGGACACUUGAAGUGCUACUAAUUAAAGUAUAAGCUAAGUAAUAGCCAGGUGAGAUUAAAGGAGUAGACUAUAUUCAUUUAUUCACAAUAGAAUGGAUACACGCAUAUGUGGCUUGAACUUCUAAAUGCUUAUAUAGUAUUGACAGUAAUAUUCAUAUUAUUAAUCCUGGACUCUGUAACUUUACGCACCCAAGCCAUGCAAUCUUAAUAGACAAUGAUUACUCAGAAUACACUCGAGGUCUGUUUUGAAUGUGUAAAUUUUUAAAAUUUUUAUUCCAUUUGAUUUAUGCCUCUAUGUUUGUUUUUCAGCUAUAGUUAGUAUUCUGAAGUUGUAAAUGAGGAGGAAGAAAAUGGGGAUACACAAACUGCAAGACUUGUAGCAGAAAGAUUUUUUGCAACAAGUACUUGAGUUUAGUUAUAAAUAUUCUUCCUUAUCUAUUUAAACCUGGAUUUUACUGUUGCAGGGACUAUUCGUUGAAUAAUUUUUGACCAGUGCAAUACUAGGGAGAAGAAAGUGGGGAGAGAAAGAGUUUGCAUGCUUUGAUUUCAGUCUGGUGAAGCUUUUUUGCUUUUUGUAAUGUCACACUGAGUGCAGUUGGGAAGAUGGGAAUGAGACAUCAGUGCUGCGCUGUGCAGGGAUGCUUCUGUUACCUGGGGAAGCUGAAAGCACCGUACCUGUGUUAAUAAAGCGUUCUACCUACCCAGUAACACUGGCCAAGAAAGAGGGUGCAUCAGCAACGUUUGAAAAUUAGCCAGCCUCUCCAAUUCUCUUCCAAACUUAGGUUCAUUUCCACAGCAUUGUGAUGUGCUCUUUGGGCUGCUCAGUGGUACCUACUCAGCUUAUUUUAAGAAUAUGUAUAAUUUUCUUGCGAUUCAAACUUGUAUUUGCAUGCAGUUAAUAGAACUUGCCAGCGUAUUUUGGCAGUGAUGCUGUUGUAGCCUAACAUACAGGAUGAGCUUUCAUGAAACAUAAAUGCUUAAAGUCUUCAGCAGUGCUAAGAGCUCAAAGGCUGAGAGUACAGACAGUACAGGACAGGCACCUUUCACUUUCUAUUGCUUUUGUUUUUUAACUGUUGUAGUCACAGAGAGCUGGAAAGCCUAAGACUUUUUCAUCGCUGUGCAAACUUAGUUUCCAUAGCUGUGUUAGUUGAGAACAGCGCCCUGAAGGACUUUACUCGAAAGUAUUUAAAUUUGUCUGAAUUAUGUCUAAAUUUAAAUAUUGUUCAAUGCUUUUUUUGGUCACUCUUUUGAAUUACUGGUGUGUAAUCUUCCUGUUAAUUUGAAGAGUUGCUGUGACAAAGAUGUUUCUCCCAUGAAUUUGCACAAAUAGGUAGAGAUGGCCUUACUAAACUGCUCUGAAAAAUACCUUUUCUGUUCUCUGGUUUGAUUUUCUUUUUGUAUUUUUUUUUAACAGCAAUAUGUUAUCUGCUUUUUAACUUUCUUCUUUAUUCUUUUAUUUGCAGUGAUGUGGUUGCAUGAUCUGCAGCAUUAUUGUAACAGGGACCGUUCAGUGCAUGACUUGCUUUUCUGUCCAGACUGCAUAACCAAAACUUAACCCGUUCUACACUUAAGACUCAUGGCCAUCUGAUUUCAAAGGGAGAUCUACUUGCAGAGAAGCUUGCCAUCCUGGGGAGUGGCUUUCCCAUUUCCCACUUCCAUUUACUCUUUCUCUUCACAAAAAGUCUCCUAUGAGGCUAGAAGAGAGGAAAUACGAUAUUCAGAACUCAACAGGCGGCGUUCUGCAAACUGACAGAGCAUUGUCAGUUCUCCAUUUUACUUCCACCUGUCCACUUUAUUUAAAUCUGAUUAACAGUAUUAACACAGAGACUUCCUGCAACAUUUUCAUAUACUGAACUAUAAACAUCUAGUCUUAAGGAGUCCUAAAAAAGCCUUUUGGCACUGCUAAAAUUUCAAAGCACCUGCACCCUUAAAGGAUCUGUUUUGAAUCUUUAAAUAAUUAAAGCGAAGGAGGUGUUUUACCAGGAGAAAUGACUAAUGAAUUGCUGCUUGGUCAUCUCAUCCUUCCUUAAAAAAACAGGCAAGGUUCAUCUGAUAAUCUCCGAGCCCCGCAAACUACAGGGUGGUAUUUUGUUCACAGACACUGCCUACUUCUUUACUAUGUAUAUACACAGUAGUUUGUGGCUGUUGUAUUUUUCUCUUUACAUUUUAGCUGUGUUGUCGGUUUCUUUCAGAAACUUUUUUUUCAAUCUGUGGACAAUUGUUGAAAAAAUCUGAGGAAAGAAUGUGAGUGGAGAUAAGUAUGAAAGCUAUCUACACUCUUAGUAUUAUGCAGACUGUCCUUGACAGUUUAUAACUUGGGUCAUUUAUCUUUUACCUGUACUAUUUUUUUUUUCCCCCUCCUUAUCACAGUCUUAGCUAAUUAAUUUCCAAUUGCACUAGUAUGGCUGUUUCUCUGUGUUAUGAAGUUUAGCUAUAAUAUUUGCCAUAUGUAGACAGUGUAACUCAAAAUGCUUUGUACUGCCUAUAUUAAUUUUAAAAGCUGCUUAUUUAAUAUUCUUAAAUAUCUGCACAUUUAUACUACUGUAGCUAUGUUUUGUCUUGGACAUCCAGUACUGGUAAGAUUCAGAAGACAAGGGAGUGCUGUAGUGUUGUAAGUUAAGAGGUUUAUUGUGUAGGAGUUAGCAUAUAACAAAUGGGGAAUGGCGCUUUUGAGCCAUAGAGCUUGCCAGAAAAUCUGAAGAGUCUGCAUGAUGAGUACUGUAAAUGUUUUGGAUUAAGUCCAGUUCUAGAGAAACCCCGUUCUUGCUCACUUGGAUCUAAAUCCUGCAAAAAUAUAAACACUUGCGUACUCUGCUUAUUCCAAGAACGGUUUUGGUUAUUCACCUGCCCUGUUUUCCAUGUAAGCACCCCCAUGCUGGACAGAUGUUUUGUCCACUGGCCCCUGCAGUCUCUCCAGUCUCAUGACACAGUGUGCACCUCGUCCCUGGUUUGGCAGGUGGGUCUCUGAGCAGCGCUUCAUCUCCUGCACCUGUGUGUGUUCAGUCCUCAGGGAUCCUGAUACCCCCUGUGUCAGUGGCAUUGCACAGAAUUACUUGCAGAUAAGACAGAUUGUGUCCCUGCCUGUUUCCACACCGGGGUUUGUGCCACCUGGCAAAGAGAAGGGCAGGUGAGGGGAGGAUAAGUGUUAAGAUCCUCAUGAGAAGUGUGUGGCAUGUUCUGGACCUCAUACCAGACUGGGGAGGCUGUGUCUGCCAGGUGCUCUGGCUGACAGGGACAGUGAAGUCUGACACAACUUGUAGGAAGGACCUGGGAUUUGAUGGUGACAAGUCACUCCUGCAGAGGCAGAAGCACUUUCAUCACAUUGAGUCUGGCAGUGGGACAAAGGAUUUGUGCCUUUCCAGGUCCUAGCCAUUGAUCCCUUGUAACGUGUCAGGGUAAAGAGUCUUAGAAAAACGUUGUUGGGUGUUAAAGGCAUGUGUUUUUAUUUUCAUUUGCGAGUGCUGCUUUGGCUAGGACCACACCCUGCCCCAAGCUGAGCUGGGUGCAGGAUCCCUGAAAUCAGGCUCUGUGCAGAGCAGGAGGGGAUUUUUUAAUGCACUUGCCUGCACAGAUGUCCCAAGGAAUGCCGAGCAGUACCUCAUUUCUCAAAAUGGUCUGUGCAAAUUAGAGUAAGUAUCAGUUGCUCUUGAGUCUGAAGACAUUUGUAUGUAAGUGUGUUUAGCUUAACAAUAAUCAUUUGAGUUCACUAAUGCAACAAGAAAGAUGUCAGGUGGAGCCAGUAGCUUUCAGCAAGUGAGCUGGCUACUGUCAUGAAGUGAUCGUGAGCUCACAACUCAGAGGGGAUCUCCAGCAUGUCUCUGAUAUACUAACUUUAUUUGUGCUGCAUAGAAAACUAUUUUCCUUUCUUAAUAGCAGCUUGUUUGACAGUCUUGAAUUAAGUGUUGACCAUAUAUCAAAUUAACUGUUUGUGAAGUUGCCAGUGAUACAUUUUCAGUAAAAGAAUUAUUACUAGAGUGUCAAAACAUUAAUUUCCCCUUUCAAGUCAUCUACAAAUUGUGUAACUACCAGAUUGUCUUGGUAGCAGUGUUAAUAUACAUAUCUUGUAUAUAGACAAAAAAAUAGUAAUGAUCACUGGAAUCAAAAGGUUUAAUAUUUUUCCCAGUCAAAUACACUAAUGCUUCCAAGAUGACAGAAGAGUGUACAGUUGUUAAACAAGUUGUAAAUAAACGCUUAUAUAAAAUGAAAA